CUGCCCAGAGGGAGCCAUGGCCACAGACAACCCCGUGGAAAGUCUCCAGGAGGAAGCGACAUGUCCCGUCUGUCUGGAGUAUUUCACAGAACCUGUCACUCUGGAGUGUGGGCACAAUUUCUGCCGAGCCUGCAUCACCCUGUGCUGGGAAGGAUCCGAUACAGCCGCCUCCUGCCCUCAGUGCAGAGAAACUGUGCAACAGAGAAACCUCAGGCCCAACAGGCAGCUGGCAAAUGUUGUAGAAAUCGCCAAACUGCUGAGUUUACAGGCAGCAAAGGGGGCCAGAGGGGAUGGGGUGUGUGAGAGACACCAGGAGACUCUGAAACUAUUCUGCGAAGAGGAUCAAACCCCAAUCUGUGUGGUGUGUGACAGAUCCCGGGCUCACCGCGCUCACACGGUGGUUCCCAUAGAGGAAGCUGCCCAGGAGUACAAGGAGCAAAUCCUGAGCUGCCUGCAGCAUCUGCGGGAGGAGAGAGAAGAGCCCCUGGGACUGAAAUCCAAGGGGGGCAGGGAGAGUGAGAGGCUCCUGGUAGGUGCCCCUGCCCAGCCCAGCAGGUUUGUACAGGGGCAUCAGCAAUAGCAGCAGGGGGUCUCUGCACUGGUUGGAGUGUGGGUCAUUCAGAAGGUUAAAGGAUUUCCAGGGUCGACGCAGGCCGACAGUUCAGGGUCAUUUUA